AUAAAGCUGACAAACACUGGGAUGCUGCCUUCACUUGGGACUGAUCGCUAAAGGAUCCAGAAGGGGAAUCCCAGCCCUGGGGAGGCUGGUGCAGGGAUUCUGAGGGCCUGGUUGGCUUUGACAGGUUUCAGAGUGGGCUAGUGGCUGAUCAGGUGGCGUUGGGCGCAGAUACUGGGAAGAGGAGGCCAUCUAAUCGCCUUUUCAAAGCUGGGGCCUGAGAGUAAGUAGAGGGAGAAAACUACAACUCCCAGAAACCCCUGCUCCCGCCCAGCCAAGGAUAGUUGCUAUGGUUUCAGAAAACAAUAUGGCUGCUCCCAGCUGGGAGGAGAGUCUCCGGAUGGGAGAGGCAGAGGCAGGUCUGGUCGCCCUCAGCGGCGAGAGAAGAGGCGCCUGAGGGAUCGUGAGGUUGGGGCUGGACGCUGCACGGCUGGAACGGCCUUGCCUUGCCGAGGGUGCUGAUGGCGGGCAGCGUGGACGAGGAGGCGCUGCACCAGCUGUACCUGUGGGUAGACAACAUUCCUCUGUCCCGACCCAAGCGAAAUCUCUCCAGGGACUUCAGUGACGGAGUCCUGGUUGCAGAAGUCAUCAAGUUUUACUUCCCCAAGAUGGUGGAGAUGCACAAUUAUGUCCCUGCCAGCUCUCUCCAACAGAAGCUCAGCAAUUGGGGUCACCUAAACAGGAAGGUGCUGAACAAACUGAACUUCUCCGUACCGGAGGAUGUGAUGCGCAAGAUCGCGCAAUGCGCGCCGGGCGUGGUGGAGUUAGUGCUCAUUCCGCUGAGGCAGCGCCUGGAGGAGCGGCAGAGGCUCAGGAAGCAGCGCACCAGCAACUUACAGGAGCUGGCUCCCCAGGAUGGCACUGGCUACAUGGAUGUGGGUUUGUUCCAGAAGGCCCGAGGGGAAGAUGCCCCAGACCCCCAGGGAGGGGGGCAGCUCAGGUAAGGAAGCUGGGACCGGCCGCCCGCGCCCCGGCCUCCGGGAUAUAGCCAGGCAGUGCAGGGCGACCCAAGCUUCGUCCUCCAGAUCGCUGAAAAAGAGCAGGAGCUGUUGGCCUCGCAGGAGACCGUGCAGGUCCUGCAGAUGAAGGUGAGGCGCUUGGAGCACUUGCUUCAGCUCAAGAACGUGCGCAUCGACGACCUCUCCCGGCGGCUCCAGCAGGCAGAGCGUAAGCAGCGGUGAGCGGCGGCCCGGGCCGCGCGGGGACGCCCCAGUACCCGCCAGAGCCCAG